AUUAGCACCUUGUUCAAAGACGAAAAAAAACAAAAGAAAAGAAAGGAAAAGAAAAGAAAAACAAGACAUUUUUUAAAUCUUGGCGUUUAUCAAAAUUUUCGAUAUGGUCUCUUCAUGAAUUUCGCACAAAUUUUCUUACGCUUGAUCUUAAAAAGAAACAGAAGCAAAAGAAGAAGAAAACAAACGCAUAAAUACAAACAAAUAUUAAUACAAAAUUCAUUCACAAUUAAUAUUUCUCACGCUUUUCCAGCUACCGUUUGUAACUGAAAUCUCUGUGCUAAAUUUUUCCUAAGAAUCAAAACUAGUAUACUUAUACAUACAUACAUACAUACAUAUUUAACUGACGGAUAACGGUACUUACUCUAAUACUAUAUACGAGCAUGAUCUGAACAAUUUUUGAACUUAACAGAAGAAAAGAAGAGAAAAGUAAAUAUCAAUUUAUCAAUUUAAGUAAAUUAAAUUUUUAAUAUUUUCGAAUAUUUUUAUCCACUUUCAUCUUCGUGUUAAGAUCAAAAAUUGUUUGUCAUUAUUUUCGUAUAUAUAUACAUCUGACCAUAUAGACCAAUCCAACAUUUAUGUAUGCAAACGCUCAGCUGUGCUCGUAUUUUAGAACCAAUUAAUAUGUAAUUACAAAAAUAAAGACCUAAAAAGAUAGAAACCGAUAUAGAUAAAUAAUAAUAAAAAUCAGACAAGUAAUGCUUGAAAAUGAAUGUGUGUUUAAAUACCCUAUAGAAUGGAAUGGGUAUAUUGACUUGGACUACAUCAUUAAGUUUCCAUUAGCAUAUAGAGCAACCUCUGUCCUAUCUGGCCUUUUUGUCUCUUUGCUUGUGAGUUGGUAUAUAUAUUCUGUAUGACUCUAAUAAUAUAUUUCUAUUAUAUACAUAUAUUACCUUUGUCAAGUAUGAAAUUUUUGCUCAGGGUAUUUUUUAGUCGUGCUCUUCCAUCCAAAACACUCUUACUUCUUUUCAAAUAUGCUUCAGUGGCAUGCAACGGUUGACACCCUUUUUGGAUACAUCUCGGAGAUUUCUAGCCCAGUUGCAAGACUCAGCUGCAGUAGUCGCUGCACAACAAUUGGAGAAACAAGAUGAAACACUUUGUGGCCAGGCUGUGGUUGCUGCUGGCAGUGAGCCACUUCAGCAUCACAGAGUGGGUUGAGAUUGCACACUCUCAGACACGACCACUUGCCAGCUCCAAUAGCAAUAGCAAGCAGGAGGCAGUUGAGCGAAAUGCCAACGGCGAAGGCUUCAGCACGCCCAGCGCCGUCUGGCUGGAAUAUCAGCGGGAACGUUUUGGCUUGCGCAACGGUCAGAGCAAUCCUUUGGUGGUUAGCGAUGCGGACGGACUGAAGCACAGCUCACAGAUCGUGGUACCCAACAACAGUCAGGUGAUUCAUGCCCGGACCAAGCUGGUUGUGAAAAACAGUUCCAGUAGUCCGCCAGUGGAGGUAAAUGUGGUCGUUACCCCUAAAGUGGAGACAACAUCGCGUCGGCACUCGUCGCAUGUGGAGAGCGCCGAGGACGUCGAUGAGGUUGAGGAGACAGCCACCGAGCAGUCGGACAGCGAGGAUGAUGAGGACCUACUUCUGCCCACUAUGCAGGGUUUUCUGAAAUUCCUCAAAAAGAUGCAAAUCGGCUGGAUUAAGAAGUCUGCGCUCAACAUAGAAAAUAAAAUUAAAUUACUGAAGCAGCUGCGAGAUAAUUUUAUGAAAGUUAUUGAGCAACAGUUCUCGGUGCUGUGGCAACCAACGGAGCGGCACAGGCGCAGACGACGCGGCCUGUUGGAUGAAUCCAAUUUAGAAUUUCCACCGGAAGCAGCGCUAAUGAGUAUUAAUUUUUUAACGUUUGCAGUAUUUUUAAUCAAAUUAGUGCUGCAAGUGGUAAAAAUAGUUAAAAGCAAGCACUACAACUUCGCGGGCUUUAACAUAAACGCAAAUGUUCGGAGUCCUUAA